AUGCAGGUUGGAGUGGUCUACCUGAGCCUCACCUGUCAGGUGGAUAAGAGACACAAACUCGAGUCUGGCCCAGCAGUCCAGCGCCAAGUCCAGAAUGGGCCCACUACAGAUGAGAUGGAGGUGCAGAGAGCAAGACAGGUUAUGGAGCAGCAGCAGAAGCAGGCACACAUGGAGAGGGAACGACGAUCCUCGAACCCAGGUUCUCCUUUCCAAGGCCAUCCUGGUGUGCUUUCUGUAGCCCCCCCAGCUCCCAUGCCUCCCCCCAUGUCCAUGGGUUGUGGCCCUCCCUCUUUAGGUGGAGGCCCCCCCUCCCUGGGUGCCCCUAUGCCUCCUCCCCCUCCUGGCCCACCUCCCCCCUCGGCAGGUGCUCCCCCGCUCCCCCUGCCUCCACCGCUGCCCAUGGUUGGAGGCGGACAGGGUGAAGAGGCUCCCGCCCCGACGGGACUCGCCGCCAUGAUUGCUGGAGCCAAACUGCGCCGUGUCAAUAGACCUGAGGACUCUAACUCUUCAGGAUCGGGGACCAAAAACGAAGCCAACCGGACAAGUGGUGGCAGCGGAGGACUGAUGGAGGAGAUGAACGCUCUGCUGGCGCGGAGAAGGAAAGCAGCAUCAGAGAAGCCUGAGGACAACCAAAUCAACGCCACAGAUGGCGUGAAGAAGCCAUGGGACAGAGCCAACUCUGCAGAGAGGUCAUCACUGGUAUCAAGGGUACGACCUGUGGGGAGUAGCAGCGACACAGAUGCCUUAGACUUUGACAGAAUGAAGCAGGAAAUCUUGGAAGAAGUUGUUCGUGAAUUACACAAGGUGAAGGAUGAGAUCAUUGAUGUCAUUAGACAAGAACUGAGCAGAAUCAGCACGACAUAA